GCAAGCCGUUAACGAAGAGGACGAAGAGUGUCCGCGAGGUGAUGUGUUUUCUGUACAGUCAAAAAUGGAAACGAAGCUGUCAAUCGCUGUUAAUUGGGUGAACAGCGUGUAAUAUUUUUGUUUAAGUCCCAUUCUUACGUAAUAAUAUGUCAGCUAUGUUAACUGCAGAUUGGUGUCCACUUGGAAGGGACACCUACUUCAGGAAAUUCGAGAUUUAUUCUAUGACAUGGCAAAAUGAGAUCAACAUGGAAAAUGUGAGUGUUGCUGUUGGACAAUAUGGAGGACCAAUUGCCAUCAUCAGAGAUAGAAAAAAAUUUGUAAAAGUUCAGGGAAUCGGGAAACCAAUUAUUUCCAUAUAUUCUGCCUCAGGAAAGACUAUAUCAUCAACUGUUUGGUCUAGUGGGCAGAUCAUUCAACUUGGUUGGUCAUCGACUGAAGACCUCCUUUGUAUACAAGAUGAUGGUUCAGUCUUGAUAUAUGACAUGUUUGGUUCAUAUCAACAUACAUUCAGCAUGGGACAGGAAGCAAAAGACAUGAAAGUAAUCGAAGCAAAGAUAUUUGCCAAUAUUAAUGGCACAGGUAUUGCUGUUCUUACAUCAUCAUAUCGCUUCUUUUUAGUCAACAGUGUAAAGGAACCAAAAGUUAGGAGACUACCAGAGGUGCCAAGUCUCAGUGUUCCUCCAAGCAGCUGGACAAUAAUUUCUGAAGACCGGCAAAUUCGUAUACUUGUUGCAAAGGACAGGGAACUGUUUGUGUUAAAACAGUCAGAACAACAUGCUCUGCCAGUUGUUCCAGACUUCAUAGAGCCUAUCAGUGCUAUUAUUGAGAUGUCAGUGUCUCAGAACAACAGACAUAUUGCUCUCUUUGCCGACAGUGGUUGUUUGUGGAUUGGAUCGGCAGACCUUAGGGAGCGGUACUGUGAAUUUGAUACCAAAUGUCCAAGUCGACCAAAACAGUUGGUGUGGUGUGGAACAGAAGCUGUGAUUGGUUAUUGGGACAAUGUUUUGCUGGUGAUUGGUCGUCAAGGUGACCACAUCAACUAUGGCUAUGACUCAGCAGUUCGUCUGGUUCCUGAAAUGGAUGGUGUCCGUGUUCUGUCAACAUAUAGUCAUGAGAUGAUCCAAAAAGUGCCUCUGGUAGUGCAACAGAUUUUCAGAAUCAACAGCACUGAGCCAGGCUCAUACUUGUUGGAAGCUUCAAAACAAUUUCAGAAACGCAGCCAUCGAGCUGAUGAGUACAUCCGUUUAGUGAAGGAUCACCUGGAAGUGGCUGUGAAGCAGUGUAUUGAGGCUGCUGGCUAUGAGUUUGAUGCAGGAAAUCAGAAAAUGCUAAUUCGAGCAGCUCAGUUUGGGAAGGGUUUCAUCGCAGACUUGAACCCUGACUCAUAUGUGAAGAUGUGCCACCUGUUGCGUGUACUGAAUGCCGUGCGAGAUCACAAGAUUGGUAUCCCAUUGACAUGCACACAACUCCAGCAUCUGACAAUCCAAGUACUUUUGGAUAGACUUGUUGUAAGGCGACAUUAUUAUUUAGCUAUCCAAAUUGCCAGGUACCUGAAGCUGCCUUACAAUGAAGGAUCCAGUAGAAUACUGGCUCACUGGGCAUGCUAUAAGGUGAAACAGACACAGCUGGACAGUGAACAGGUUGCGCGGGAUAUAGCUGACAAACUGGGAUAUGCGCCCGGAGUCUCAUAUAGUGAGAUAGCCAUGAAAGCAGCUGACUGUGGACGCAUGCAACUUGCAAUCAAGCUGAUGGACUAUGAAUGCAGUGCAAGCCUGCAGGUACCACUGUUAUUAAGGCUGGGUGAAGAUCGACCUGCUCUAGUUAAAGCUAUUGAAAGUGGUAACACUGAUCUUGUGUACACUGUUCUCCUCCACUUACGUGAGAAUAUGCCUCUUGGGGAAUUUCAGAUGGCUGUAAGGAACUACCCAGUAGCACAGGCUCUGUAUCUCAAGUAUUGUCGUGACCACAAUCGGGAAACUCUCAGAGACAUUUACGUACAGGAGGAUGAUUACAAUGCCCAAGCAGCUUGCUUUAUUCGAGAAAGCUAUGAUCCUAAGAAUACUUUGACCAUGGAAGCAUCUCUGUCAGCUGCACAAGACAGUUACAGGCGAGCUCGAAAUGAAUUUGCUGCUGGGCUAUGUGAAGAACAACAAAAAUUGCUCCGGUAUCAAAAGACACUGGAAGAUAAGUUUCGACGAGAAUUUGUGGGACGCUCUCUGCAUGAUACUGUGUACUUUCUGUUGUUACUGCAUGAGACCAAACUGGCAGAUAAGCUGCGUACUGAAUAUCGAGUAACUGAUAGGAGGUAUUGGUGGUUGCGUAUCCAGAGUCUUUCUGAGCUUGGAGAGUGGAUGGAAUUGGAUAAAUUCUCCAAGAGUAAAAAGUCCCCUAUUGGGAUUGAGCCAUUUGUUGAUGUAUGCCUCAAGCAUAAAAACAGAUCUGAAGCUGAGAAGUAUCUACCUAAAGUGAAAGAUGAACUUAAAGUGAAGUACUAUGUUAAAGCUGGAAUGUUUGAAGAAGCAGCACGGAUUGCAUUUGAACAGAAAGACCUCCAAGCAUUGUUGUUUGUGCAGGGGAGAUGUGCCUCCGCAGAUCGUAACCUUAGUGACAAGAUCAGUCAUCUUGUCACUCAGCUCAGUACCAAGAAAUAAAUAGCCCAAAAUCACAGUUCAUCAUUUGACUAGAUGGAUUACCAAUAAAAUAUUAUACAAGGGAAAUGUUUACAUUCAGUUCCUCUUCAGGAACUGAGUACAUGUGUAUGAAAUACAUGUACUCUAUUUGUUUAUAAUAUGCCAUUUAUGAAGAACACAUUAAAUAUACAGUAAUGAUUUCUGCAUUAAUUUUCCCUCCCUUUCUUCCAAAUUAUUAUUUUUUGAUGUCAGUGACAGAGUAUUAGCUUCCUAGGAUUACAUGUCAAAGACUCUGCUUCAUGUUGCACUACCAUCAUGGAUUGCCAUUUGAAAGUUUAAUUUCUGACACAGUAGAAGAUAAUAGAACAGGAAUGCUAAUAUGCUACCUUCCAAUAAAAAUCAAGAUUAGAGAGGUGCAAUUUGUAUCAGAGUGCACACAGCAUCCACAUGUGUUCUUUGCAUUAUCAAUGUUUCUAGCUGUUCCAAAUGUCUUUGAUGAAACGUUAAUAAUAUUGAGCACUAGAGACUCUACUUCAUAUAAAAUGCAGUCAUAACAUUCAGUAUUAAAAAAAGACAAAAUUCAGGUUUUGAACUCUGCUGAAUAAACAUCUUUUGUGAGAAUGACAUCAGUUGACUACAGAGACUAUUGUGUUGACAGAUCACUGACCUGCAGAAUUAAUACUACCUGGAACUAGUGCUGGUUACUGUAGUUACUGUGUUUAGGUAGCAGUGCCAGCACUAUUCAUACUUCACAGAUCUGUGCAUCCACCACACUGUUAUUACCAACUGUAGAAAAUUAAAAAGGACAACUCUGGGAUAGCCUCCAGUGGCAUUAAUAUUUAUAUAAAAUUGUAUCAAAAUUCAUCCAUCUCAUCUCUGCACACUGUGCAGAGAAUGCAUAAGAAGGUUACAAGUCAACAUGUUGAAAUUGGUGCCAAAGAAAUAUAAAUCAGUGUAAGUAACUUUCCCUCUUCACCUAUCUCCCCACCACACACCGAAAUAAACGUUCAUCAGAAUGUGUAUAGUGACCUAGAAUAACUUGCUGACUUGUUUUAUUUUCUCAUACACCUAGUUCAAACAUUCAUUUUAAUGCUCAACUGACCCGUUUCAUUUUAUACAUGUAAAAACAUGAUAUAAGGAACCUGUGAUAUAAAAAAAAGCCUUUUCUGCUGUUCAUGUCUAUUGUUUUGCUCUGUACCCUUUACACCUAUAAAACACCUGCUGUGUAAGGAAGUGGUCUUCUUAAGUGACUGAAUUUUAAUAAAAAUAGUUGAAGCUAAUUUCA